AUGAAGUUUACCUUCUGUUUGAGUGUCCUUGCUGGGACGCUCUUCUCCGCUCACUCGUCUGUGCAGAAAGACGACCCUUCCCCCUACCUGGCCUACCUCAAGUCUCACUUCAACCCCUGUGUGGGCGUCCUCAUCAAAAGCAACUGGGUGCUGGCCCCUGCUCACUGUUACUUACCAAAUCUGAAGGUGAUGCUGGGAAAUCUCAGGAUCAGAGUCAGAGAUGGGACAGAGCAAACAAUUAACCCUAUCCAGAUUAUCCGCUACUGGAACCAUAGUCAUAGUUCGCCCCAAGAUGACCUCAUGCUUAUUAGGCUGGCUAAGCCCGCCACCCUCAACGAAAAAGUCCAGCCCAUUGCCCUCGCCACCAGCACUGCCAAGCCAGGCACCAUCUGCAUGCUUUCAGGUUUGGACUGGAGCCAAAACAACAAUGGUGAACACCCUGAUUUAAGGCAGAACCUGGAGGCCCCUGUGAUGUCCAACACAGCCUGCCAGGAAACCGAACAAGGAAAAAGCCACAGAAACUCCAUAUGCGUUAAAUUUCUAAAAGUGUUCAGUCGAAUUUUUGGGGAGGUGGCUGUUGCUACUGUCAUCUGCAAAAACAAGCUUCAGGGGAUCGAGGUUGGACACUUCAUGGGAGGGGAUGUGGGCAUCUACACCAACGUUCAGAAAUAUAUCACCUGGAUUGAGAGCACCACUAAAGACAAAUGA